AUGGAACCAAGAUCGAAGCUGCGAAAAGUUAUACUGUUUUGUUUACUGCUUUCACUGUUUGGGAUGGUGGCCUUUGGAUAUUUUUGUCCUGAUCAGGUGUGCGCGCUGUCACCUAGAGAGAGAGUGUCAGAGUCCCUCGCUCUAACGUACGCUGAGGCGCCCGGCAGGCCACUUCCAGACGUGAUCGCCCAGCCGGGGCUUUCUUAUGAUGACGUCCUCCACGAUGACUUCCGAUUCGACCUCGACGCUCAUGACGUCAUGGUGUUCCUGCACAUACAGAAGACCGGCGGCACGUCCUUCGGGAAACACCUCGUGAUGGACCUCGAUUUGAAGAGGCCGUGCAACUGUCAGCGGGCGCGUAAACGGUGCCAUUGUUUUCGGCCGCACAGCAACGAAAUAUGGCUCUUUUCGAGAUACUCCACCGGCUGGAAAUGCGGUCUCCAUGCCGACUUCACGGAGUUGACGGCUUGCGUGGGCGGCGAGUUGGACCGCCACGAGGGGUCUGCUGUUCACAGGAGAUACUUUUACAUAACCUUGCUGCGGGAGCCGGUUGCCAGGUACUUAUCGGAGUAUAGGCACGUGAAGCGUGGGGCCACGUGGAAAGGAUCCCGUCACUGGUGUCAAGGGCGUACGGCCACCGCCUCCGAGGUGCCGCCUUGCUACACGGGCGAGUCCUGGCGCGGCGUGACCCUCGAGGAGUUCGCCGGAUGCCCGUGGAACCUGGCGAACAACCGCCAAACGCGAAUGCUCGCGGAUCUCGCACUGGUGGGAUGCUACAACGGUACACUCCGUCAUCGGACGGCUGACACCGACAGGGUGCUGCUGGCAUCCGCCAAGAGGAAUCUCGCCGCAAUGGCUUACUUCGGUCUCACCGAGUUCCAGAAGAUAUCUCAGUACGUGUUCGAGGAGACGUUCAACCUGCGCUUCGCGGUGCCGUUCACGCAGCACAACGCGACCGUUUCCGGGGCGACCCUGGCGGCCCUCUCGCCCGCUCAGGUCGCGCACAUCAAGCGCCUGAACUCGCUCGACCUCGAGCUCUACGACUACGCGAAGAGCCUGAUGCUCAAGAGGUUCGAAGCGUUAAAGAAACGCGACACAGACUUUGAGUUCCGCUGGAAGCACCUCGGCGAGGUGUCGCCUCGCAGUGGCGUCACCGAGUUCGACUGGGACAGCAACCUGGAAGACGCCACGACCGAAAAGUAUCGAGGGAAG